UUUCUGAAAAAUGCUUUUAGCUCUUCCCUUCUUAUCUUCUAAGAAGUCAUUUACCAUCCUCACAAAAGAAUCUAACGCAAUGAUGCAAACCAAAAUCUCUAGUUUCCCUCGGCCAUGCUUCACCCUCCAUGAAACAAGAGCACUUCAUCAACCUCUUGUCUCCAUGGCUUUACCAUCAUCGCCAUCACCGUUUAAGCACCUUCUCUGCAAGUCCACCUUCCCUCUCGCUGCCUCACUCACCCUUCUCCUCUCUCCAUGCACCGCUGAAGCAGGCUUAAUGUCGGGAAGUCCCGGCAUAGAAUCAGUUCCUGGUCCCGAAUUACCAAAGCUCGAGUUCCUUGAACGUUUCAAUGCUAAAAACCAGAAGUUCUACGCUGAAAACGAUUCCAGAUUCAAAGAAUCUCCAAUUCUCAAGAAGCUACUUGAGAACUCCAAACUAAACAAAGAAAAGAAUGAAAGAGCGAUUCAAGACAAGUACUGUCUGAGAGGAGCAGAGUGGGGAGUAGGAGACUGUUCAACCACUGGAAUGACAGAUGAAGAAAAGGAACAAUUCAUCACAAUGUUGAAGAAGAAGACUGGCAUUGAAUAAAAACUUUCGAAAAUCACAUUAUGUAUUUAGCGUUUUCAGAACGUGAAUCUAUGCUAAAAUGCAAUACAAAACAUGACAAAAACAACGUUGAUAACAUCAUCAUCAUUCACUUAGCUUGAGAGAAA